CAAUUUAGGGUUUUCUUUACCCUUUUUGGCUGUUUCCUCUCUCUCUCUGCACGAACGGUUUCUAGUUUUUCAUUUUUCUCUGAUCUAAUGGCGCAAGAAGAUCAAUCGGCGGCGAGAUCUACCGGAAAAGUUAAUUGGUUUAGCGAUGGCAAAGGCUAUGGUUUCAUUACUCCCGAUGACGGCGGAGAUGAGCUUUUCGUUCAUCAGUCUUCGAUCGUCUCCGAUGGUUUCCGAAGCUUGACUGUUGGUGAAUCGGUUGAGUACGCAAUCACUCUGGGAAGCGACGGCAAGACUAAGGCCGUCGAGGUUACUGCUCCCGGUGGCGGUUCUCUCAAAAAUAAGGAGAUAAGCUCCCGUGGAAACGGCGGUGGGUGUUUCAAUUGCGGCGAAAUUGGCCAUAUGGCGAAGGAUUGCGUCGGUGGAAAAAGCUUCGGAGGCGGUGGUCGCAGAUCUGGCGGCGAAGGUUCUUGCUACAAUUGUGGUAAUGUAGGACACUUCGCUAGGGAUUGUAGGCAGAACGCCGGUGGAAACAGUGUAGGCGGCGGCGGCGGAGGAGCGUGUUACAAUUGCGGAGAGGUUGGUCAUAUGGCGAAAGAUUGUCGUGGCGGCUCCGGUGGAAACAGAUACGGAGGCGGUGGCCGUGGAUCUGGCGGUGAGGGAUGUUACAUGUGUGGUGAUGUGGGGCAUUUCGCUAGGGAUUGCAGGCAAAACGUAGGCGGAGACGUUGGUGGUGGUGGCGGCGGUGGAAACACUUGCUAUACCUGUGGUGGAUUUGGCCACAUGGCUAGGGUUUGCACGAGCAAGAGACCGUCGGGUGGUGGUGGUGGUGUUGGUGCUUGUUAUGAAUGUGGCGGAAUUGGCCAUUUGGCUCGUGACUGUGAUCGGAGAGGAAGUGGAGGAGGAAGUGGAAGUAGCAAGUGUUUCACUUGCGGCAAGGAAGGUCACUUUGCAAGGGAAUGUUCUUCGCUUGCUUAACAAAAAAGAUGAAGAGUAAUGUUCAUAAAACCUCUUUGUUUUUCUAUUAAUCUACCUGAUCCUUUUGGUUUCUUUCUUUUGAUGUUUACUAUGCAAAAAAAGUGCUCCUUUUUAGUGACUAUAAUGUGAUAGCUAGAGUCUUUUUCGGAUGAUGUUUUCUUGGAAGUUUGAUCUCUAUGCUGCUGGUUCUUGCAAAGUUUGUGACUUGAAUGAUGAUAUUGGGUGGUUGCUUUUUAGAUA